AUUUAUCUUUAUGUUCGAACAAUGAAACCAGGUUAACAUACUAUGAGUAUAAUUGUCGCGUUUAAACAAAACACUUUGCAUGUUUUAGAAAUUAAUUGGGGUUCGUCUGUUCAAGCGCAUACUUAUCGACGUGCUUUGGAUGCAAUAUUAAAAUUAGGCACAGUCGAAGAACAUGUAAAAAAUUUUCGUCCACAAGCUCUAGUACUAACUGGAAAUCCCAUUUGUCGUCCGGCUAUCAUCGAUUUCGUUUCACUUUUAACACACGGACACAGUUUGAUGAUAUGUGGCAAUAUUAUUUUGGAUGAUCCUUUAGUAAACAUUAAAUUAUGUGAGAAAAAAGAUGAUGCAGUAAAUUGGUUGAAAAAACGUAAUUCUAAAGCAUUUUAUUCAACUGUUAUUUCUCCAACAGUACGACAAGGAGCUCAAGCAUUGCUACAAUGUGCUGGUGUUGGUAAAAUGCGUCCAAAUCUAGUAUUUAUGGGUUUUAAAAACGAUUGGUACAGUCAACCCGAACAUUUAGUAAAUGAUUAUUUUAAUAUUAUACAUGAUGCAUUAGAUUUAAAUCUUGGUAUUGGUAUAUUAAGACUAAAAAGUGGACUCGAUUUUUCUGAUUUUUUUGGUGGAUCAGAUGUUUUGAUAGAUGAAUUUGCCGAUGAUGUAUACGAUGUGGACGAGGAUGACGAAGAUUUUAUUUCAACACCAUUAAAUAAAACAAAAAUGAAUCAUACUAAUGAAACUAAUAAUGUAAUACGUAAAAUUCGUUCAACAGAUGUAAUGGUGCUUAAAAAUACAAUUAUUAAUGAAGGUGCUUUACAAAGUAUGAAUAUAUUUCGUCAAAGUCAAAUAUCAUCAGCUGUUAUCGAUGUUUGGUGGUUAUUUGACGAUGGAGGUUUGACAUUAUUAAUUCCAUAUUUAUUACGUCGACGAAAACGUUGGAAAGAAUGUCAAUUACGAAUAUUUUCAUGUGUAUGUGGUGAAAAACAAGCAGCUGAUCAACAACAUUUAGCAAUGGCAUCUCUAUUAUCAAAAUUUCGUAUUAAUUAUGAUGAUUUACAUGUAUUACAUGGUUUAAAUAAACAACCAAAUGAAUAUGAAAUACAAAAAUUUAAUCAACUAAUACAAUCUUUAAGUGGAGAAAAUACUCUUAAUAAUGAGUCAAAAGAAACAUCAUCAUGGAAUAUAAGCGCAUCAGAACUCGAAGCAAAUAAAGAUAAAAUAAAACGUGGAUUACGUCUACAUGAAAUGUUACUUGAAUAUAGUUCAACAUCAACAUUAAUUAUUGUAACUUUGCCAAUUCCACGAAAAAAUUCCAUUUCAUGUGGUCUCUAUAUGUCAUGGUUAGAAAGUAUUAGUCACGAUUUACCACCACUAUUAUUCUUACGUGGAAAUCAAAGUAAUGUACUAACAUAUUAUUCGUGA